AUGUGUAGUAAGAUGAGUUAUGGUAACAGAGAUGAAGAUGAGUACUCUCUCUUGUGUCCCAAGAAACAGAAACAUAAUAACAGUGGAGGAGGAAGAAGAAGAGUCCCAAGAAGAGGGCCUGGUGUCGCUGAGCUUGAGAAGAUCCGUCUCGAGGAACAACACAUCUCUAGAAACGUACAACUUCCUCUUCCUACUACUCCGCUGGAUAAAUCUCCGGCCAUCAUCGACAGAACCGGUCCGGUUUACCCUUUCCAGUCUUAUUUCUCGACCGGAUCUUUCCCUAGUGAUUUGAUUCCUCCGGCUCCGGUGUUUCACAGGCAGCAUGAUUCGUCUCUUCACUAUCUCCCUCCGAUGAAUCUACCGAAUCAAGGAUCUGGAGGAUUUUAUCAGUUUAUAGAUCCAACUUCAAACCAAACAUCUUGUCAUGAAAAUGUCACUCAUCAAUAUCUAGAUGAAGAAAAGAUCCUUUCUGCGAAAAGGCCAUGGUAUCUUAUGGCAGAGGCCCCUAAUUGUAGUCUUGGACCGACCAUAAAUUUCUCAAGGGAUGCUAAACAACUCAAAUCACUAGACCUAAGAUUGAAAAAUCAUAUCCAAGAUUCAGGAACCACAAAUAGAAAUCCAAUUACCAUUGAUUCUUCUUCUCCGACGAUUUCUCCUAUACCGAUUUUCGCAAAUGCUGCACUCGAUUUCCCGCGGUUUUUACAGAGAGAACAGGCUAAUCAUGAAAUCAUUGCACGAAGAAGCGGUGCAAAUUUUCCGGUAAAUAGAAAACCAUUCUACAGCUUCUUGCCCUUGAAUGAGCAGUGUACUCCCGACCAAGAUCGAUCCUUCAGCUUGAGAUCCGAGAGAUAUGAUUCAGUUACUGAUCAGGGCAUUGAUCUUCGCCUUAAGUUAUAA